AUGCUCUUCUCAAAGGAACCAUCUAAUAAAAGAAAGUUCUACUAUCGAAAUAUCCUUUCAUAAAACUUUGAUUUCUUCUCUUAAUGCUAAAUACUCAAUAAAACUCAAAAGAAUACUUAAUAAUCAAUAUUCAAUUCACAUCUCAUAAUUAAUAGUUGCCAACCUAAUUAAACCAUACAUACCCCUCGCUCUCCAAAAAUCAAUAAUUUUGAAACACCUAAUCUUAAGCGUUUUCAUACCAAUAUUUCUAGAAAAAUGCUUGAACCGAAGUAGACAUCUGAAAAAUUUUAAUAUAAGUAGAAGAUAGAACGUCGAGCUCCUUUACAUAAAAGAAAAACAUAAGUGCUAGAGGAAUAAUUAAAGAUAGGAGAUUACAUUGAAUUAUUGAAAAAUAAAUCAUAAUCAAAUCUCUAAUGCAAAUACUCAGAUCUGUUUAAGGAUCAAUCAUUUUAGACUUCAUCACUUCAUUUCAAGUAAUAAAGCCCAAGAAAAUCAAAGGAAGAAUAAAGAAAUCAUUUGUAACUUCUUUUAUAAUGGUAUAUUUCUAAUUCAUUUAUUUUAGUACAUAUACAAUAGUUAAAAUUAAAGAUGGAUCCAAUCUGUAAACUCUUAUUAACGAAUGUACACAAUAAUAUCCAAAAUUAUCAUUAAUUAUUGAUUAAUUUAUCUAAGAUAUAGAUGUAGCUGUGCAAUUGUAUAGCAAUGAGAACUAAAUAUCAUUAAACCUAUCAAGAAUAACAGGACUUGAUUAUAAAAUAUUUCAUUUGUUGUUCAAACCUAAGCAAGAUUUCCCUCAAUCACAUCAUUCCUUUUUAAUUGAUGAUGACUUCUUUUUAAAUUAUAAAUUCAUUAAACCUACUAAAUAUGAUAUUUAUUAUCGAGUUUAUGGAGCUGGUGAAUUACCAUUAGAGUUUUAAGAAUAACUCGGUGAGCUUAAUCCUUCAAUUAUAUAGCAAAAAUUCAAAGAUUCUGAUUUUUAAUCAGCAAUUUUGAUUAAAGAUUAAAUCCCUUAAAUUGAUUUAGAUUUUGUUAGAAAAAUUGUUUAUUAUUAAAAAAAUCUUUAACUAUUCUUAAAAUAAAAAUCAAGUGAAGUCUUGAGCAGUUUUAAAGAGUAAUUAAAUUUAGAUGAGUAUAACAAUAGUAAUAUGUUAAGAUAAUCAAUACUUUCAAAACUUAUUGAUUCAGAAAAUUUGAUUGGAAAUUUUCCACAUAUAACAAGAUCAAAUAGGUACUUAUUUGAAAAGAUGGAAUUAGAGUAUUAGAAUAAACCAUAUUCUUAAAGAAUAAAAUAAUGA